GAUUACUGGGUAAAACUCCUGCCCCGCUGCUGUUCCCACCUCUGCUGUUGCCGUCACGGCCGCUUCGUCCACCGCAGUCGUCAUGGAGCUAGUCCCCUGGCACCUUGCUGCCCUGCUGUUGCUGCCGAGUCUGAGCCCCGGCAUUGCUCUAAUUCAGCCAAUAGAGGAAGGCAAGGAAGCGUGGGAUUAUGUGACAGUCCGGAGUAAUGCAUCCAUGUUCUGGUGGCUCUACUAUGCCAACAACCCCUGCAAAAACUUCACAGAACUGCCUCUGAUCAUGUGGCUUCAGGGGGGUCCAGGAGGUUCCAGCACUGGAUUUGGAAACUUUGAGGAAAUUGGUCCCCUUGAUGAGGAGCUCAAACCAAGGAAAACUACCUGGCUACAAUCAGCCAGUCUUCUAUUUGUGGACAACCCUGUGGGCACUGGAUUUAGCUUUGCAAAUCAAAGCGAUGCAUAUGCCAAAAAUCUUGACAUGGUGGCUUCUGACAUGCUGGUUCUCCUACAAAAUUUUUUCGAUGCUCGGCCAGAAUUCAAGACAAUUCCAUUCUACAUUUUCUCAGAAUCCUAUGGAGGGAAGAUGGCUGCUGGGAUUUCCCUAGAGCUUUACAAGGCUAUGCAAAAGGGCAGUAUAAAUUGCAAUUUUGCUGGUGUUGCCCUGGGUGAUUCCUGGAUUUCCCCUGUAGAUUCUGUGCUUUCCUGGGGACCUUAUCUGUAUAGCAUGUCUCUUCUGGAUGACAGAAGUCUAACAGAUAUGACAAAAAUUGGAGAGAAAAUUCUAGAUGCUAUGAAUAAGGGACUGUAUGAAUGGGCUACCCAGCUGUGGGCAGAUGCAGAAACGUUUGUGGAGCAGGACACAGAUGGAGUGAACUUUUACAACAUUUUAAAUAAAAAUCCUCCUGAGUCUACAAUGAAGACAAGCCCAGAAUUCACCCAGGAUCAUCUAGUUCGACUUUAUCACCGCCAUGUGAGACAGCUGCACCAGGAUAAGUUAAGUGAGCUCAUGAAUGGACCCAUCAGAAAGAAGCUCAAAAUCAUUCCAGAUUUUGUCACCUGGGGAGAACAAUCAAGUUUAGUUUUCAGCAACAUGGAGAAGGACUUCAUGAAGCCUGUGAUUAACAUUGUAGAUGAACUGCUGGAAGCUGGCAUCAACGUCACAAUUUACAAUGGGCAAUUGGAUCUCAUAGUGGAUACCAUGGGUCAGGAGGCAUGGUUGCGUAAACUGAAGUGGCCUGAGCUGACUGCUUUUAGUCAGAUGAAAAGGAAGCCUCUGUAUGUUAAUCCUGAGUCUAAUGAUACAUCUGCUUUCUAUAAAUCCCACAAGAACCUUGCUUUCUACUGGAUUCUCAAGGCUGGCCACAUGGUUCCAUCUGACCAAGGGGAAAUGGCCUUGAAAAUGAUGAGGAUGGUGACUGGACAAGAAGAGAGUUGAGAUGGAAGCCAUCUGGCUUGGCCUCUGUAGCUCAGUGCAAUGUCAAGGUUGUUGACAAUGUCAAGGGCACAUUGUUGAGUUGGGCAACUGAGGUGCUAGGGUCCUUUCUUUUAGACAUCAAAAAAUUAGCUCCUUAUGGUCUGUGAAGCUUUGAGUCGACAUACUAGUCUUCCUAAAUUGAAUAUUUUGCUGUGACUGAAGGCCUCCCACAACUACCUUCCUAAAAUGCCCUAUGGUUUAGGGUUGGGUUUUGGUGGGGUUUUUUUUUGGUUUGUUUGUUUCUUGGGUUUUUUGUGUUUGGGGUUUUUUUUUUUUUGCCUUAGUGAGGACUACAGGAUGCCUAAGACCUUUUUUAUGGACUUGUUUUCAUUAGGAUGAGAUUUCAAGUGUUUUUGUGCUUCUCAUUAAUGAAGCCAAUCCUGGAAUUGUUUUUGGAUUUGACAUCUUUAAUUAGUUAAAAGAAUCCAAAUUUCUUCUAUAUUCACUUUGUCAAUAACACAUCAGUAGUCAGCAUUUCAGUAUUGAACCCUCUUGCGGCUUUUGUUUACUCUUAAAAAAAAAAUCAGCCUAUACUGGUUGCCUGCACACAAAGACUUCCAAUCCAACAAGCAUUUAUAAGUGCCUUCUAUAUGCAAAACACUGACACUAUCAAAUUUCCUAUGUGGACCCAAAGAAGGAGAGCAGGCUCUCAACUUCCUCCUGUCUGUUGAAGAGAGUUUUAAUUGACACCACUGAACCAUCACUAUACUGGGAUUCAGCCUCUCCUGCUACCUCCUGCCUGUCUGUUCUCUGACUGGUCUCGUCAUUAGAAUCUACCCAUAACUCCCAUCAGAUCUAACCCUUCAUGCCUUGACCAUUAAAAAUGAAAAUGUUUCCUCAUUUCA